AUGGGCAACAUCAGCUACACGCCGGAGACGUGGCCGCCACCAAGCGACACGGUACCACCAGUGCCAGAGCGGGCGGACUUCGCGAGCGGCGCUGAAAUCAGCGCAGCCGUUCACGCGCGAUCGUGCCUGCUAUGGAGAUGGCGCCGUAAUUAUGGCCGCCUGAAGAGGGACCGCGAGGAGUACCCCGAUCAAUGCGGGCUGGAACAGAGGACUGUUCACGCGAAGCGGGCCAAGAAGGCCAAAGACCGGCACGGAAUCGCGCGGACGCGGAAGACGAAGCACCCCUGGAACGUCAUAGCAGCUGUCACGGGAGAACGCGCCGCGGUGGACGAGGCCGGCCGCCAAGACGACGAAGAGAAGGACGAUGCGGUAAUGGACUACGACGGCGGCUGGGACGACGGUAAAGGCGACGGCGAGGAAGAGCCAAGCGAGGUGAUUGACCUCGCCCAAGACUUGGAGGACGAAGAAGAGGCCGCAACAGAGACGAGCAAUGGCUGA